GACGUUCCGUCGAUUUCCUUCAUGUUCGCUUUUGUCACAUAACCCACAUCGCUACCAUAAUCCUCAAAAUUGCUGGGGGACGUAAACCGGCCCUUUGUGGCCAUGGAAAAUGAAAAUGUAGAAUCCGAUCUGCAAAUAUGAAUUACAGGGAAGGCCUUCUCGAUCAGCAAAUAGUUCUUUUCCGCAAGACCAGCUCACGAAAUGCAGAGUUAGAAAGUCGAGUGGAGGAAUUGGAAAGAGAACUCGGUGUAUGGAAGCAAGCCCUCAAAACCGCAGACAAUGAUGCAAAGGCUUUGAAGAAAAAGGUCUCUCAGCUUGAAAGGAAUAUUGGUUCUCUAAAGGAUGACAAUCCGCUAGUAGUCUGUCUCAUUGACGGCGAUGGCAAUAUCUUCUCCUCGGAACUCGUGAAACUCGGACAGAAUGGCGGACACCAAGCUGCUCUUCUCCUCAACAAGGGUCUCACCGAUCAUAUGAACAGUCUCGACUCGGACGAAGGUUUCUCAAGUCGAGGUCAAAUCUGGCUUACGGUCUAUUGCAACAAGAGUGGCCUUUUGGAGACUCUGACAAGCAAUAAUAUUUGUACUGCGGAGGAAUUUGAGUCCUUCGUGACGGGAUUUAACCAAGCUUCACCACUUUUCUCAUUAGUGGACGUCGGCACAGGGAAAGAGAGGGCUGACGAGAAGAUUAAAGAGUGCCUUCGCGUCUUCACCCGCUUCCCACAGACGACCAAGGUGUUCUUCGGAGGUGCUCACGACAAUGGCUACAUCUCUAUCCUCAAUCAACUCCAAAAUGAAGGUCUAUUGAACAAAGUGGUCCUGUUGCGUGGUUACAGAGAACUCGCAUAUGAACUGAAAAAUUUGGAUCUGCCUACGCUGGAUAUCGUGGGUCUAUUCAUGACUAGAAAAUUACAAACCGUCCAAACAAAGAAACCCUCCCCUCCGCCAACUCAAGUGAAGUUGCAAGACUUUGAUAAGUUUCGUGUAAAACCCACAAUACCUCUUCCUUCCCGUCCUUCACCUAGUAGCAAUGCGAAGGUUGCGCAACGUAUCGAGAAGAAUUUGCCUCUCCAUAAACAUAGACCGCCUCCUUGCAACUUCUACUACCUCGCUGAUUGCAAGCAUGGGUUGAAAUGCCGCUAUGGGCAUAAUUAUAUCCUUUUACCCGAGCACAUCGAUGAACUCCGUACCAAUUCAAGGAAGUGGCCUUGCCCGUAUGCUAACAGAGACAAUCCGUGUCCUUUUGGCGAAUCGUGUUGUAUGGGGCAUGCUUGUCCAAAAGGACAGAGGUGUACAUUUUUGAAACAAGGGAAGUGUAAAUUCACUGGAACAUCAAUGCAUGAUGGAGAGGUUAGUCGUAGUAGAGGCCCUUCAAGUUCACUGUCCCCUUCUAGUGCGCGGGGAAGUCCUGUGGUAUCUGAGGUUGGCUUGCCUACGGUGUGGGACUCAUAUGGCGUCGAUGCAUAGUUGUUUAUAGUACCUUCUCGAGAGUCAAUCUGUCUGUCUUACUUGCCUUUGUUUCUUUGAAUGAAGUUGUAUUACCUGUUC